AUGCUUCCCGCCUCCGAGCGGUCCUCCCUCUGGGGAAUGAUUCAUGCCUCCGACCUCCGGGUUAGACUCAAGAACCGCCUUCGAACGGUCCUCCCUCUGGGAAAUGAUUCACGCCUCCGAGCGGUCCUCCCUCCGGGGAAUGCUUCCCGCCUCCGAGCGGUCCUCCCUCUGGGGAAUGAUUCACGCCUUCCGCCUCUGGGCAAGGCUCGAGCAUCGCUCCGCGGGCUAGAGACGGAGUGUCUCCCAUCAGAAAGAAGGCGGAGCGCCUCUCCUAGGAUGAAAGACUAA